AGGUCUCCUGGGUUCAGGACACAUGACUCAUUGCUCUUGAUUGUGUUUAAACUGUGUUACAGAAGACGGACUGUGCUUUGUGACUCUACAGGCACACCAUUCCCGUCACCCUGUCAACACCUGUCUAUAUUACUAGACUGUAAACAGUGUUCUGACAGCCAGCUAGAAAUUACUUUUGUUUAGAAAGGCAUAAGUAAUGUGUUCUCUAAUGAACCUUAAUGCCCGCAAAGCUGAAAACAGCGUAGAAGUGUUUGUAACCAUCCCCCUCUCACCCUGCUCACUUCUUUCAGUACUGAGAUACCAGACUAUAAAAACAAAAACUUAGCCAUGGAGACUUCUUCCCCCGAGCUGUAACCCUGCUCAAUAACAGACUCCUUAACUGCUGAAAUACUGCAUGUCAAAUUUAUUGUAAGUGAAAUUUUACUUGCCCAGGUUUUUUUUUCCACUUUAGAGUAACAUUUAGCACUACUUAAGGAUUUAUCUAUUUACACUUUACAUUUUAUUUUUAACAAGUGCAUCACUUUUAAACAUGGCUCAACAAAUCAGUGCUUAAAACAUUAACCUCUGAUUAAAUCCGUACCAUUUUGUGCACUCAUGGAAUCCUGGAAUGUACAUUCUUCGGUAAUGGCUUUAUCAUGGUGAGGGUGACUGGAUGGAUGAGACACCAUACACACAUUUACACUCUCAUUCACCAGUCCACCUACUGGCAUAUUUUUGGAAGGUAGGAAGAAACCAGAGAACCCAGAGGGAACCCACAUGGGCACAAUGAGAGCAUGGAAGACUCCAUACAGACAGUAAAUCUGAGCUCAGGAGCCUGGAUCUGUGAGGAACUACAGCUAUAAAGUCUAUGGAGUUACCCCCACAUGUGAAUGAACAAUAGCUUUAUUCUAUUAAGGAACUCACUGAGCAAUCCAUCCAACAUGUUGCUUCCAGAAAUGUCAGAUUAACCUUAAUCCCUGAUUAUUGUACAAUAGUGUAGAGGCUAAAUAUUAUUAUAUUAUUGUACAAUAGACCUAAUUUUACUGUGAAACUAAAACAACCUUAGUAUUUAGCUUUCUUUAACUAGUUUUUAUAGGUCCAAACUGGAUAAACAUUUAGAUUUGGUGCCCAGUAUUAGCGUUUUCAGAAAUGGUUACCAGGUUACGGUCUCGCGCUAAACUGUUAUGAAUGAUUAGAGUAGGAAGUAGAAAGGACGUCGCUGAUUGGCUGGAACUAUACUCCUGUAGGCGGGAGAAGGCGGGAAGAGGCGUGGCAUUCCCUACAUGUGGGUGUUACGUCAAGCCAGACGAUUGGACAAGGCGCGACUAGGAGAAGCGAUAGGAACGUUGCUAUUGGGCGGUGGGCGGGGUUUAAGGAUCGGGUAGAAGAACAAAUCGAGCUCGCCACGCGCGUGCGGCUCGACAUCGGGUCGAACAAGGGGACGGAAAGGAAGCGCUCCGGACAGAGCGGGUUUGUUCGAACGCCGUAGUGCAGGAGUGAUCUGUCAUUCUUUAACACAAUGUACUUUGGUAUCUUCUGAAGAGAGAGAGGGGGAUAUAUUUUGGUCUUUAUUAAUAAUAGAUACUCCGAUACUGAAUUUAAAUAGAAUUGAAGUCGCGUCACAUUACAUCAUCCGGACUGUGCGGAUCUCAGAGUUGAAAAAAAAAAUAAAAACCUCUUAGGAGAUCACAGGAGAGGAAUAUUCACGUGGACCACACACACACACGCACACACACACACCGAUUGUUUUUUUCUUGCUCGAGCCCGAAUGGAACAGCACGCAGAAGCGCGAGGAGGCUGCACCGGUCACGGAUCGCGAUCCCGUUGUUCCGAGCUCGUGCACAACGAGCACAACUGCAUGCAUUUAUCCAUCCAGUCGACGACGGGCACGCGCUUCGAGCUGUCUCUCCCAGCGGAGGAGACGGUGGAGGGGCUGAAGAGGAGGCUUUCACAAAAACUCCGAGUGUCCAAAGACAGGCUCGCGAUUCUGCACAAAGACACGAGGCUAAGCUCAGGGCGGCUCCAGGAUUUUGGGGUUACGGACGGGAGCAAGUUAACCCUCGUGCCCUCGGUGGAGGCAGGAUUAAUGUCUCAGGUUUCCAAACCAGAGCAGUCCAUCAUGCAAGCGCUGGAGAGUUUGACAGAAACUCAGGUUGGUGACUUCCUAUCAGGUCGCUCUCCGCUCACACUCGCCCUUCGUGUCGGGGAUCACAUGAUGUUCGUGCAGCUGCAGCUGGCCGCACAAAACUCGGGCGUCCAACAGUGCACCACUAGGGGCCCUUCGAGCACAACCAGGACCACACAGCACAACACGAUGCCCUGUGGGGGCAGCAGUGAGCACCCUCAUAGUCCAAUUACCGCUCACAACAACCAGACGGCAUCAGCUGGACACCACGCCCACCACGCCCACCACGCUCACCUGUCACCCCCCUCCAGUCCGACACUUUCCCCAGGCUCCAUCCAUUAUCCUCACCUGGCCACAGGUGCCUGUAGCCCCUCCCCCAGAGCAGCCACACCUUUCCAGCAGGGUGAGUGUGGGACGUCUAGUGUAAGUGGAAGCACCAGCUCAUGGCCAAGUCGUAAACCGGGUGCGGUGAUAGAGAGCUUCGUGAACCACGCUCCUGGGGUUUUUUCUGGAACCUUCUCAGGCACCCUUCACCCGAACUGUCAGGACAGCAGUGGGCGUCCGCGCCGUGACAUUAGCACCAUCCUGCAGAUCCUCAAUGACCUACUGAGUGCCACGCGCCACUACCAGGGCACACCACCCGCCUUGGCCCAGCUCCGCUGCCAUACUCAGACACCUGUGUCUCCCCCAGCGACACCCCCCGCUUCACCAUGCCCACCUCCCUCACCCACUGCCAUGGAGCUUCCUUCAGCACCCGUGUCACCAUUAUCAUCCUCACCUACCUCAGACAGACCGGCACUGAGCCACAGCCGCAUCAGCAAACCAAUGGGCGAGCCCUCCAGACACACAGAGAACAGAGCAACGCGCUGUAAGGUGGAGCGUUUGCAGUUGUUGCUGCAGCAGAGGAGGCUCCGUAGGCGGGCGAGGAGAGAGCCGCGUGCUCCCUAUCACUGGCUGAGCGAGCGCAAAGCCACCCGAAGCCACAGCAACAGCAGCCUGAGCAGCGACGGCUCCAUCGACCUGGACUACGACGAGGCGCUCUGGAAGAACGACGUCCAGGCCGACAUCGGCUCCGAGUUCGUCGUGGCCUGAACGAGCAGCCCAAAGAGAAAGAAGGACGAGAGAAUGAGAAGAGGCUUAAAGAGGAUGAUGUGUAGGAAUGCUGGAAUUUUUAGCGUCGGUUCAGUUUGAAACACAAAAUCGCAUUGGGACGAGAACUCAAUGUGUGCUACAGCAUGAAGCGAACCAAGUGAGCGUCUCUCUGGACUGUGAAUACACAAGAUGAACCCUAAACGUCGUGACACUUUUUUUCACCCGAUUUUGCUCACUUGACUGUCUUAACAUGGUGGUGGUUUGAGUUGCUGUUGUUACGAAAUGCGUCAUGUAGCAUUAUGAAGCAAGAUAUUCAGGUGUUUCUCUCUGGUUUAUUACAUUUUGCACACUUCUUGUUGACCUGUGAGCAUUAAGGUUUCCUUUCUUGGUUUUUGAUACUCAUGAAACUCGGUUCAAACAAACUCACAUUCAAAUGAUCUCAAAUUCAGAAAGCAUUUAUUACAGACACAUUUUAAACUUGUAUCUGUAUCUACUGGUUAAAGUAUUAAGGUCAUAUCACAGUGCCUCUGUUUACCACUUACUGUAUUGAAGCAUCAAAUCUAGAACACAUCGGGUUUUUUUUUUUUUUGCUGCUACGAAGGAGGACAUACAUGCGAAAGAGAGGAGUCUUCUUUGUUUGGUCAUCCAUCUCAUUCUCAUUAUAACUAGGACGUGAUUCUACAGAUACGUACAAUUCUUCAUGCUUCUUGAACAUUCAAGGACCUCUUACGUGGGAUCAUUGACCGUUUAAGCCCUGUAGCACCAUUUUACAAGCUGAUUUGAAGAGAAAAUGACUUGUGUAGUAUUUUAGGUUUACGUCACCUGCUGUUCCACAUACGCCCAUCAAGAUGAAGAGUUACAUCAGACGUUUUUUCCACUAUGGACCAUUGCUGUCUCAAUAUUUGUAUGAUUUGAGAAAACUGGAAAUGAGACAUAACAAAUAUGGAUGGACCUUGUGUACAGUGGCCUUACCUAUCUUUAAAAAAAAAUAGUGAAAAGUGCAGGCACUGGAAACUCUGGAUCCUUGAUGUGUAUCGUGAUUUAUUAUUAUUAUUUUUUAAACCAAGGACACGCCAUUCGAGCAUUAGUGAAAGGCUCCCGUGCCUCAACAACGUGCCUGAGACAAACGGAACAAAGACGUUUCUUUCCUCGUCUGAUAAGCCUUCUCAGCUGCGAAAAAAGAAAUAAGAGUACUUUUUUUUUGUUUGUUUGUUUGUUUGUUUGUUUUUUUCAGUCAUGAUGUAAUGUCUGUCCUGUGUAUCUCUUGUGCAUCUUUCGUCUUGUGUACAUCCUGUCUUUCAUUCUGCAAACCGGAAUCUCCGUAAAUAUACAGAUAUAGGUAUAUACAGUAUAUAAAUAUAUAAUAAGUACAAAAAGAAGAACCGGUCCAAAUAAACAAAUCACUCUGUAAACAUAGUCAUAAAAUGUCACAAAGUGUACGUCUUCUGUUUCAGCACCAAGUUCCCGAAAUAUUGUUACCUGAAUGCAUGGGAUAUGAUCUAAUUUAUUUAAGGUUGAAUUGAAUUGAAUUGAAUUGAAUAUACGAGUAGUUCUUAAAGAAAUAUACGCCUUUGGUUGGGAUGUUGUUUUUAAAGUUGACGGUGGGUUUUUUUUUUUUGUCAACGCUGCAUUUUUUUUUUCGUUGCCUGUACUGUCUUGUGAUUUCACAGGCAAGGAGCCUCUGCUUGUGUAGCACAUUUUUAUAACUGUUUUAAUUUAUAAAGCCGAUCUCACGACUGUGAAGAAACGUUAUCUGAUGUUUUUCUUGUCACCUCUUUUGCGUGUGUUUGUUUUUCUCUUUAUUUCCGUUUGUGUAUUUUGUCAAAAAAAAAAAAAAAAUAGAAACCUGGUAUUGUAAAAGAGGGAAACAACUAAAACAACUGAUUUUCUUUGUUCAUGAGCAAUACAUUUCAGUGUGGCUUGCUGUAGACAUUUAUUUCUUUUUAGGUAAUAAAUUUUAAUUUUAAUGCA